CAGAUGUCAAUCAAUCAUAUUUUAACGAACUUUUCGAUCGAGAAGGUUUUUUUGAUCAAUUUUUCGGAAUACCUUUGGUACAUAAUAGAAUUUGGGUAUUAAAAUAAUUUUUUGUCACGAAAUGGCACAAAACGUCAACCCCUUCUUUGAACAACAGGCGAACAGCCCUUCCAAAGAAAGUGAAGUAACAAAACGGCCCCAAAACGAUGGUCAUGCAGUGACAAAGAGGUUACACAAAGAAUUAAUGACCCUCAUGAUGUCACAAGAUAAGAGCAUUUCAGCCUUUCCAGAAGGAGAAAAUCUUUUCAACUGGAUAGGAACCAUUGCGGGACCUAAAGACUCAGUUUAUGAGGACCUUAAAUUUAAAUUGAGCUUUCAGUUUCCCAAUUCAUACCCUUACACAGCCCCAGUAGUCAAGUUCAUUACACCUUGUUUCCAUCCAAAUGUUGAUACUAGUGGAAAUAUUUGUUUGGAUAUUUUGAAGGAUAAAUGGUCAGCAUUGUAUGAUGUCAGAACUAUUUUAUUGUCAAUUCAAGCCUUACUUGGUGAACCUAAUGUAGACAGCCCCCUGAAUGCCCUUGCUGCAGAAAUUUGGCCAAAGAAAGAUUCCUACAAAAGGCAUGUGCUUGAAAUGUAUAAAGAGGUCUAACAAUUAAAAAAUAUUUAGGGUAUUUAUCAUUCAUUUAUUCAGGAUCUUCUAAUCCAAAUUGCUUGUAUUUAAAAUUAUUACUUUUUCUUGUAUAUUGAACUACAUGGCAUUUCAGUCUUUCUUGUGCUCGAAAAAUAUUUUUCUUAAAAGAACCACAUAAUUAUAAGGUCCUGAAUAAUUAUUUAUUAUACAGUCUCUUAGAUUUCCUUUUUUAUGUGUUCACACGGGUGAUUAUUAAUAUAAUUUUUAAUUUAAUAUAAA